CCACGACCACGACCACGACCACGAUCGCGACCGCGACCACGAACGUGGCUGCGACUGCGACUGCACGAGCCCAUCCCACCUCGCUGUUCCCGCCAUUGCGACCGUCCUGACGACUGCCGCCAUUGCCCCUCGAAUGGACCACCCGAGCAAGCGCCGGCGACUGGCGCCAAAAAUGCCCGACAUGCCACCGCCGCCGCUGCCCUCUCCAGCUCCUUCUGCUGCGGCUGCGGCUGCCGCGGCGGCAGUCACCACGGCUGCCGCCGCCGCCGCUGCUGCUGCCGCCUCGAUAGCACCCACGCCGGCUCCUAGCAUAGGAACCUCGGCCGGCCAGCAUCCACCGCCAUACACCAACGAACAGCUACUGCAAUUGCAACAUUCCCAACAGUACCAAGGCCCCGAGGCCAUCCACGUCCCUGAGCGCCACGACUUUGAGGCCUUUGCGCGCCACCUUCAGGACGCCGCCAUGCUCAUUUUCCGCCAGACCCAGCGGUCGCCCUACUCGGGCGUCUCGGUCCUACUACUCCGCUGGGAAGAGGAUUUGUCGGUCGAGAAGGACCUAGCCAAUCUCGAGGCCGUCCUGCGCGAGCGCUACAACUACCACACCGACCGCUGGUCCAUACCAACCGUCCCGAACCCCAGCAUCAAACUCGGAAUCCAGAUGGCCACCUUCCUGGAGCAUGCCCGCACCGACCACCUACUUAUCAUAUACUACGCAGGCCAUGGCUACGUUGGGGCCGAUAACCACUUGUACUGGGCGUGCCACAAAGGAGACGAUGCCUCGAAACUAAAAUGGGACGGUGUGAGGUGCUGGUUUGAGGAUGCGCAGUCAGACGUGCUCCUGCUGCUCGACUCAUGCGCUCCCAGAGAAGCUCCAAUAGCUGGCAGCCACGGAGUUAAACAGGCCAUUGCGGCUUAUACUUCGGACCAAAUCCCCCGCGAAGCGCCCGCCCGCUCGUUUACCUCCUGCCUGGCAGAGUCCUUCUCGAAGCUUUCGGCCGGUCGACCCUUCACUACCCAGAGGUUACAAGAGGAGGUCGCCCUUCUACAACAACAAAGCGUACCGGAGCGGGCCCUGACUAAUGGAACUGCCGGCCCCCCCACUCCGCAACAGGACGUCUACCCUCCGGUGCUCUUCACCCUGACGGCGGGCAAGGGGCAUGGCAUAAGCCUGCCUGUCUUGCCUCCACCUGGCAGUGCCCGCGGUCAGGCCGAGCAAACGAAUGGCGACAGCGAUGCCAGGAUCAAGCGUGAGGACGAGCUCAUUGGCCCCGAGGCCGUCGCUGACCUUACCUUUGACGAGGCUAGGGCCCUGGUGUGCACCACAUUUGUAGGCGAUGCGAGCCAGGACAUGACCUUCUUCAACAGCUGGUUGCAAAACGCCACCCCCGUUGGGAUAAAGCUCACGGUGGAGGGCAUGUUCCUCGGACCCCCAACAAUGCUCCUCGUCUCGAUGCCUCACUCGGUCUGGAAUGUAGUGCAACACGACAAGGUCUGCUGUUUCCUGGGCUACAUCACUUCACACAACAUGACCCACCUAUACAAGCGCUUGGUUGGAUCCAUCACGACCGCCCCGGCGGCAUCGGCAAAGGACGUCGAGGACGGCAAGAUUCUUCUGGAGGCUAGAGAAGCCUUGGUUCGGCACGAGCAGGGAGCACAGGCGCAGAGCACCCAGGCACAGGGCGCACAUCACGCUCCAAACGGCAACCACAUAAAGCCAGAGGUCACGUCCACCACGCCUGCGCGCCCCCGAACCGGUGUCAGACAUGGCCUCCCGUCAUCGGCGCCGUCGUCCGCCUCGAAGGCAGCCGCGCCGGCCGUGGCCAACAAGGAGGUUGAAGAUUCGGCAGAAAUGCAGGAGGCGGCUGAACAACUGAAGGCGCUGAGCCAUCUGGGACAUGCGGGCGGCGAACCUCAGACGGGACAGAAGCGGGCUCACGGCGAAGGGAGCAGCCGCUCCUCGCACGAUGCAGCUGAGUCGGGCGCCGAGGAGGCCAUGUCUGUUAUGGGCUCGGGCAACACGACGCCGCCCGCAAAGCACAAGCCACGAAAGUCUCUGGGGAAACAGGCAACACCAAAGCAGGAGACGAGGUGCACCAUGUGCAGUCAUGCCCCUUUCAAAGACUCGUCCUCGCUGCGGAAGCACAUCGCGGCCGCGCAUACGCGACCCUUUCCAUGCGCCUUCUCCUUCGCCGGCUGUACGAGCACCUUUGGGUCCAAAAACGAGUGGAAGCGCCACAUAUCUUCUCAGCACCUCUGUCUCCAGUACUACCGCUGCUCCUCGUGUCCGCUGAGUGCCAUCGAGGGCAAAGGGAACGAGUUCAACCGGAAGGAUCUCUUCACACAGCACCUUCGGCGCAUGCACGCACCUUUUGCCAUUAAAAAGGCCAUCAAGAGCGACGGGAAGCUGCAGACAGAGUGGGAGAACCACGUCAAGGAUAUGCAGCAGUCGUGUCUGGUGACGCGCCGAAAACCCCCGCAGCGGUCGGCCUGCCCCAAACCCGGCUGCCAGACCGUGUUCGAGGGCCCGACAUCGUGGGAUGAGUGGACCGAGCACGUCGGCCGGCAUAUGGAGAAGGGCGAGGGCCAGCAGAUUGGGGUCGACCGACUCCUUGCCAAGUGGGCGCUUGACGAGGGCAUCAUCGAGAGGAAGGACGACGGCGAAUACCGACUCUGCAACCAGGACGAACUGCCGGGCAGGAAGGACGCCAGCAUAAACUCGUUCACAAGGCCCGAGACGCCCAAGGAUCAGCUUGAGCUACGAGAGGAGUCGCCGCACAGGGAACACCAGGAACCACCAGAGCAGCCGCAACCGCAAGAGCAGCAGGAGCAGCAAAAACAAGAAUCACCACAACGACAACUGCAGCAGGAGCAGCAGAAGAGGAAACAUGAUGCCGAGGACGAGGGUUCUAUUACCGUCGCGACCACACGCGCCGAAGAUGAUCGCAUGGAUGUUGAUGACUGAGAGGUAUGCUGGAUACAUCCCCAUGUUCCGAGACACGACGCAAUAUGAUUAUAGUUAUUCUUUUUAUUUAUUUCCCCCCUUCUCUUUGCCAGAGGCAAUGUUGUCUUUUUUUUUCUUCCCUUCUUGCUUCGUCUACAUUGCAAUCUUUCUAUUUUUCUGGCGGGCUGCGGCUGUCGUUUUAGGUUUCAUCAGCAUUACACGGAGCGUGCGCAUUUAACGGAUCAUUUUUUUCGCAUUUAUAUCUCAGCAUUGCGGAUAUCCCCAAGUUCGGAGUAUAAAGGGAAUGAUGGGCUUGGAGGGGAGUUGCUGUAGUCACGAACGUCCAUGUUCUGGGGAUGUUUGUUGUGACUUUGUUGGUCGCGUGGUUCCAUUGUCAAGGUAGCGCCGUCAAGCUGGAAGAUGGAGCACAAGAUGUCUCCACGCACGCUUUUGUUAUUGCCCACCGAGGCUGCCCAUGUCCCCAUCUGCGAUGCGCAAGCAGCUGGCGUUGUUCCCAGCGUUGGUAUAUACCCCUGUCUCCAGCUCAGAUACUUGUAUACCUAGGUAGCCAGCAAUCUCUUUCCGACCACAACCUCUCCGGCGUCUGGGGUCUGGCGAGUCGCGCAUCGUUAUGCCUGCCUUGUCUGUGCACGCUGCCUGCCCUGGGUCACGUCAAAGUAGAUGAACAAGCUCUUCGAGGCUCGGAAUCAG